AUGGACGCAUCGUCGGACGACUCGUCGCACGUCUCCCAACCGCUCGAGCGCUCCGUCUCGCAAACGAGCGCCGCCUCGAAUCGGUCCCAUUCGCAGACGACCCGACGAAGCCGCAGCCGGCUGCUCAGCCAUCCCAGCAGCUCCUCCAGCAGCGUCGCCGCCAGCGACAAGUCCCUCACGAGCUUCCCCAGCUUCUCGCCCGAGGAGGUUGUCGUCGAGCGCUUCGGCGACGCCAAGUUCCAAGACCCCGAAUGGGCGGCCGACGACGGGCGCCGCAAGCCGGCCGCGCAGGACUCGCGGGACGGGAGGUCGACGGAGGCGGCGAGAAACGGCGGCGGUCAAACUCUUUCCAUCGUCGACAGCCUCGUCGGCCCUAGCUCGAGCCGCGACGCCCUCUUCGAGGAUGCGCCCCUGAGGCGGUCCGUCCCCGGCGCCCUCCACCAGGCCGACGAUCCGCACAUCCAGCGUCUCGUGGCGAGGCACGGCGCCGUCGCCCUGGUGAGGCAGAUUUCCGAGGAUCUCGCCCAGCGGGACACGCAGAUCUCGAUGCUGCGACGGCGCGCCGACGAGCGCGAGCGGGCCCUGAGGAGGAUCAUCCGCGAAUGCGGCCUCUCCAACCUCGAUCUCGAGACCCGCCUGCGCGCCGUCGAAGGCGAGCUGCGGGCCAACGACAAGAACCACAACAGCGGCCUGACCGACCUCAUGAGUGACGCCAUGCAGGACACCAUGUCCGAGAACGUCUACGGCGUGACGAACCGCGCCGCCGCCACCAUCCGAGCGGCCGCGGCGUCCAAGGCGCACGCGUCGGAGGGCGCCGGCAAGGGGACGAUCCGAGGGUGGAAAAGCUACAUUUGGGGCACGGGAACCUCGAACCAAAGCUCCAACCACACCUCCAACCAGGCGAGUCGCAGGAGCAGCAUCAACGGCGGCGACGGGAACCAGUCGACCGUCGUCCGGAGCCACCACGCCAACCUCGACCGGCGGCCGACCCUCCAGGAGGACCUCUUCAACCCGCCCGCCGAGCCGGCUCCGGAACCGCCGCCGACGCUCACGCACAUCUACAACAACUACGCCAGCAGCGAGUACCUGACGGACCGUUUCGGCUUCAUCUACGACCAGCGGCGGAAGAAGCGGCAGCGCGAGGCGGCCCAGAUGGCCCAGCACAUGCGCAAGGGGACCCGCGUCGACAUGCUCAUGAGCGGCCGCUCGGCGAACUCGUCCAACCUGAUGGACGAUUCGGUCAGCAUCUCGAGCGACGGCCGGCCCGAGAGCCCGAGCAGCAUGGACGAGCGGCAGACGGACGAGGGCCGGCCGACGAAGCGGUGGCAGGACUACCUCAAGAUCGCCACCGUUCCCACGGAGCUCCUGAGCCACACGCCGAGCAUGAGCGUGCCGUCGCUCGAGGUCAUGGAGGGCGCGACGGCGGCCGACGACGGGCCGAGCGAGACGGUCAAGUCCCCGGGCAUCACGCCGACGAGCUUCGGCCUCGUGCCCCUGGCGAGCACGACGACGGCCGUCGACAGCGGCGACGCGAGGCAGCCCCCCGAGGCGGACGGCACGACGGCGGGCACGCUCGUCAAGGAGGACGCGGAGCCGGUGAGGCUGCUCCUCGAGCAGCUCAGCGACGUGCACGACUCGCUCCAGCGGGACAAGAUGGCGCGGUGGAACGACUUCCUGCGCAAGGUUCGCGCCGAGCGCCGACGCGAGGGCGAGGCCGCCGUCGCCGCCGCCGCCGCCGCCGCCGAGGCCCGGCACGAGACGCCGGCCAUGAUCCUCCCCGAGGCUCGCGUCGCCGACGGCGAGAUCAUCGGCAUCGCCGGCCUCGGCAACAAGGGCAAGGUCGGGCGCGCCAAGUGGGCCGAGUUCAAGGCGCUCCUCCUCGGCGGCAUCCCCGUCGCCCAUCGCGCCAAGGUCUGGUCGGAGUGCUCGGGCGCCAACGGGCUGCGCAACCCGGGAUACUACGACGGCCUCGUCGGCCAGAGCGGCGAGGACGACGACCCGGCCGUCGUCGGCCAGAUCCGCAUGGACAUGCACCGCACGCUGACGGACAACAUCUUCUUCCGCAAGGGGCCCGGCGUCCGGAAGCUCAACGAGGUGCUGCUGGCCUACUCGCGGCGGAACAAGGAGGUCGGCUACUGCCAGGGCAUGAACCUCAUCGCCGCCAACCUGCUGCUCAUCACGCCGGCGGCCGAGGACGCCUUCUGGAUCCUCGCCAGCAUGAUCGAGACGAUUUUGCCGCGGGGCUACUACGACCACUCGCUCAUGGCGUCGCGGGCCGACCAGCAGGUGCUCCGCCAGUACGUCUCGACGGUGCUGCCGAAGCUGUCGGCCCACCUCGACGACCUCUCCAUCGAGCUCGAGGCCCUCACCUUUCAGUGGUUCCUCUCCGUCUUCACCGACUGCCUGAGCGCCGAGGCGCUGUUCCGCGUCUGGGACGUGGUGCUGUGCACCAACGACGGCAGCACCUUUCUGUUCCAGGUGGCGCUCGCGCUGCUGAAGCUCAACGAGCGGAACCUGCUGCGGUGCGACACGGCGGCCGGCGUGUACACGUACAUCAACCACCAGAUGACGGAGCACGCCAUCAGCAUCGACGGCCUCAUCCAGGCGAGCGAGGGGCUGCGGAAGCUCGUCCGGAGGGACGAGGUGGAGCAGCGCCGGGAGCGCGCGAUGCAGGCGGAACGGGACAUGCAGAACCGGCGGGGCGGGAGAGCUGCGGCGGCGGCGACGACGACGGCGGCCGAGGAACCGCUGGCUGCGGUGGAACCGAUGCCGAUGGAGCCUUGA